GGAAGCCCGUCGCGUAGCGUGACGUCACAUUUUCGUUUUGUUUUAAUGAAGCUAACCGAGCCGUUGUAUGAACUAUUUUCGUUAACACAAGAAUAAUGCAGGCCAUCACAGAGAUACCAUCUGACACAUUUAGCGGACCCAGCUGCUAACGUUUAUCUUUGUGUCAAGGGUAGUUUUUGCCACCAUGUGAGUGACGUAAAAUAUGUAGGACAGCUCCUGCUGUUCUACACUUGUUUAACGUUUUAUGAUAAACUACAUACCGGUAGUUAAUAGGCGUGCUGUACUAUGUUUACUGGUCAGACCUGAUUAUCAGGUUUUAUAUUGUACACGGAUAUUUUUCUCUUGGUUUCCAAUUUGUUUAUGCUUCGGGCUUCUACCUCGUAGCUUUCCUCUACUUUUUUGAGUCUGCUUUGAAUCAGACCAGGUAACUUACGAUGCAUAUAAAAGAGGAGACGAUCGCCAUUUUAAAGCAGUUUGACAUUGGAAACAAGUUCUCCUAUCUGCCGGUGCUGCCCAAAGCCUCAGUGCUGAUCCCACUGUUUGUGAAGAAUGGAGAGCUACACACCUUGAUGACCCUGCGUUCAGAAGAGCUGAGGACCAGUGCUGGCGAGGUGUGCUUCCCCGGUGGGAAGAGAGACCCCAGUGACAGAGAUGAUGUGGACACAGCUUUAAGAGAGGCAGAAGAGGAAAUAGGUCUACCACCUGAUGAUGUCCAGGUGGUCUGCACACUGUUCCCCAUCAUCAAUAAGAGUGGUCUGUUGGUGACCCCUGUGGUUGGCUUCAUAGAGGAGUCAUUUUGUCCCAGUCCAAACCCAGCUGAGGUCCGUUCCGUGUUCACAGUCCCUCUAGGCUUCUUCACGAGCGAAGACCACUAUUCUGCCUGCGGUACUUCUGAGAUGGUGGGGACGUUGCACUUUUUUAAUUUUGUGGACCCUGAUUCAGGAAGACAGUAUCAGAUAUGGGGCCUGACUGCAAUGUUGGCCAUACUGGUUGCUACUCUUGCGCUGAGGAAAAAACCGAGGUUUGAGGUUGGUUUUGACUCUGAGGAUCCAUUAUCCUUCUUCCAACAGAUUCUGCAUAGACAAAUGAGUAAACUAUGACCAGUUGUUUCUCUGAUGUGCGAAUACAAAAUACUGGAAGCCAGAUUUGUUAUACUAAUAUAAUUUGUUACUGUAUUAAUUGUGAAGUCAAGAGUGCAAUGUGAAACUUUACCUGCAUGCAAUAUUUCUUUAAGGAGAUUAAUCCUUUAAAAACAUUUUACAACUAGUGAAUCUAAAAUGUAGGGGGGGAACAAAUGAAGACAUUUAUAUUUUUAUUAAUUCAUUUAAUGUAGCAGCAGGAUUACAGAUAUAAACAGAAGAGUAUACAAAUGUCCAGACCAAGGCAAAGUACAUGUUAAUAAUAGUUCAGAUGUAUGAUAACACACUCGGGUUGACCUUUUAUCCAGACUGCAGGGUCUUAAGGCUAGAUACUAAAGCUCAAGCUACACAGAACGGAUACAACAUAACUGUUGGAGAAUGUGAAAUAGAAAGCGAACUAGGAGAAGUGAGCAAACUGAUUACACACAAGAUACAGCUCACACUAUUGGCAAUUAACAGUUAAUUUAUCAUGGAUGCUCCUUUUUAUCAAGCAUUUCACAGCAACAAUAGUAAUGUUGACAAGCACAUCAACACAAGAAAGCUCUCCAUAAAAUAAUCUCCACUGUCUCAUCCCUUUUACCUCACAUGUACAAAUCUCAUGAGGCGUGAAAAACAAUUUUCAACAGAAAACAAUGAACAAGGUGACAAGUCAACAGUGAAGCUGCGCAAUUUUAUGUUAAUACUACUCACGGAUAUCUUGUAAUGGAUUUCCAAGGAAAAUGUUAAACCUAAAAUAUAUAUCGGUAUGGGCUAUGGUUAUGCUUGUGUUUUAGAAAUAAAGAUUCAAUCACUGAAAAUUGUCCUGGUGUCGAACAGUCAUAGAAAAUAAAAAGGACAAGGAGCAAAAUAGCAAUGACACAAAAGAGACACCAGUAAACACAGCGGCGUAACGGUAAGUUAUCAAGGCACACAAAGUUCUGUUGAAAGCAUCACAAUUGAAAUUCAAGAUACCCCCUGCAGUAUAUUUCACAUUUAAAUAUACAUGGAUAUUCAUUUACAUGACUGAAGGACAAAACUGAUAUUGUGUACAGAUUUGUGUGCUAUCUUCACGAACAUUAAAUUCAUGUUUCACGUG